UGUGACUUGUUUGUCUGUAUCCCAUGGAACUCUUAAAUCCUUUGAUCAUUUCAUUAGUGGAUUUAAAUCAUUACAAGUUGAGUUCUAGAAUUACAAGUUGAGUUCUAGAAUGCUCCAUCAUUAGAAUGUUGGUUAAAGUAGAAUCCUGAGGUAAAACCCUAUCAUUUGGACCUUGUACACCAGAGAUAACACUGAGAGAGAGCUUUCUGCUGGCGAUUUUACACUUAUUCAUUGAUCCACUUAUUUCAACUGCUUGAUAUCGGUAAUCCUGCCAAGGACACAGAAGGAGUAUAAUUUCUAUUCUGUUACACUUGCUGAGGAUGGAAGUCAGAGGCGAAGUCACAGGCGAGGUGAGAGGGGAGAGAGGUUGCUUCAUGGGAGCCAUGAGAGCCCUCAUGAACACCAUCCGAAACCGGCUCAAACCAAAGAGAGCACGACAGAGAACAAAGAACCACCGAAUCUGUCAAAACUCUGCCAUGACCCUGAUGAAGUCGGCAAAAGAGAGAAAACUCAAGAAGCAGCAGCUGCUGUCUUCUGGGCUGAACAUCAAGCCGAGCAAGCCCAACCCUUUGGCUAAAGGCACACCUAACAGCACUGCUCAGAGAGGGAUGCAGAAGCAAACUGAAACUCCUGGAGAAGUCCAGGAAAGACUGAAAUCUUCUCUGCAGGCUUUUAGAGAGAGGCGCAAGCCACGCUGGGUGGUUCAGACCAGAGUGGAAUUCCCGCCUGCUGAACUAUUGAGUGAGGCCAAGGAAAACGUGGAGAACACUCAGGCUGGAGAGGAUCUCCAGUCUGGUGAACCAGCAAGCUGGGUCAUGGCUUAUGGCCAGAUGUGGCAGAAGAUGACCGAACAAGAUGGUCCUGUCCCCUGCAGCAUGCCCAUCACAUACUCUGACCCUGGCUCCAGUUCCCCUGUCCCACUUGAAUGGACUCUUGACCACCUGAUGGAGAAUCUGAGUUCAUCAGCAAACAAGGAAGGGGGAGAGCAAGAAUCAGCAAGUGAGGCCAGAGACAUGGAGGAGACUCAGGCCGGAGACCAUCUUCAGUCUGAUGAACCAGCAAGCUGGGUUGUGGCUUAUGGCCAGAUGUGGCUGGAGAUGACCGAACAAGAUGGUUCUGUCCCUUGCAGCAUGCCCAUCAUGUACUAUUCAGAGAGUGAGGUCACAGACAUGGAGGAGACUCCAGCUGACGAGGAUCUUCAGUCUGAUGAACCAGCAAGCUGGGUCAUGGCUUAUGGCCAGAUGUGGCAGAAGAUGACCGAACAAGAUGCUUCUGUCCCCUGCAGCAUGCCCAUCAUGCACUGUAAGUACAAGUUGUUACUGCAAGUACAAUAG